AUGGUGACGAUGCAGCCGUGCGGCCUGUCCUCGCCCGGAGCACGAGAAGGUGCGACGGACAUCGAGGCGAAACAGGCGCUUCCCCCAAGACGAACCUGGCUCCACCGGGCGUGGAACGGAUUCCUGAGCGGGGUCGUGGGAGGCGGGCUGCCGGAGGUGGACCCGCGCAUCAUCAAUGGAUCCCCGGCCACCAUCACGGAAGCGCCGUUCAUGGCCUACCUUACCACAGGCCGCUACAAGACGGGGAAACAGCACAAGCUUCCGUGCAGCUCCUCCAUCAUCGGGGAUCGAUGGAUCAUCACUGCCGCCCAUUGCAUCACGCGGGUUUUGGGGACAAAGAAAGUUCCUCCGGAGAACGUGAAGGCGUGGGUGGGGAACGCCGACCGGAACGCGGGCACGGAGUUCCUCGUCGAUUCCUACAGGGUUCAUCCGGAGUGGAAUAAGAAUAAACCUUAUUCCUCGGCCGACAUAGCCAUCUUGAGACUGGCAACCAAUCUGACCUUCGGGCCGACCGUCCAGCCGAUCUGCUACCCGACGUCGGACGAGAUCGGGAGGGGAGCCGAGACGUGCGACCCGAUUCUCUACGGCUGGGGGAGGCUCCGGUUCAUAAAUACGCAAGGAUCGCAAUACCUGCAGAAGCUGGACGCGAACGUGACGGAUAAACCGACGGAAAAAUGCAACAAAUACUCCGACCAACGGAUCAUUUGCGUGGGGGGAAGAGUCCCGUCCACUGGUCCUUGCCACGGAGACAGCGGUGGACCCUUGGUGCUUCGAUACGGCGGUGUGGCCUACUUGUCCGGAAUCGCCUCGGCGCACGGAUCCGCCCUGCCCAAGCUCAAAUGCAAGACCAUUCCUUACGUUUACACGAGGACGUCUUCGUUCGCCGAUUGGGUCAAGAGCACGAUCGACUCCUGGAACUGAAUGCUCCGCGUUUCGGAUGCGCUUCUUGGAUGGAGGUUCGAGCCUCGAUAUCACACUCCAUUAAGACCUGUCCAUUAAGGAUUCUCUUCCUUCUUACUCAUUCUUCCUUCAAUCCUGCUGAUCAACACAGUCGACAAUUCCAGUCUCCGAUGGUUUGUCGACAUAGGGUCUCAUUAUUUUUUUGGAUCUACCUGGGUGCACAUAAUAUAUCAAAUAAAAACUUUUUCUCAUGAUGAA